GGUUUGCCAAUGAAUAAGCAAUAAACUAACGAGUAGUAGUUAUUUGAUUUAAUAUUCGUUUGCGAUCAGGUCUCUUUUAAAACAAUAAAAUAUUUAUUACGUACUCCCCUCUUGCGCCCCUUCGCACGCUACCUCAGGUCCGGAAUUUCGUGAAUUCCUAUCAUAUGAAAGAAAUUCAAACAUUCUUCGCACGCUCUCGUGUUUACACUACGGCGGUUGUUGGUUCGUAACUCUCUGCUAAAAAGCGGUUCGUUGGGUUAUGUGAUAAAUUUCAUUGAGUUAUUUAGUAAUCAACAUAAAAACGGUUGUGAGACAGCAGGUUGACUCCAAUUUUUUUUAGUAAUUUCGUAUUUAUACUGUAUAUAAAGAUUAAAUUAGUAAAAAAAAAUCUUGUUCUAUUUGAUUUAAUUAUGUGUUUUAGUCUUAAUAGUUAGUACCAUUUUUUAGUGAUUUGACUGUCAUAAAUGUGCAUUAGGGUGACUUUGUUAAAAAAAAGUCUCCAGCGUUUGACAAAAAAAGAUGAAAGCUAAAAAGGAUCAGUUUAUAGUUAAUUGUGGAUUUAGUUAAUUUUAUUAAUGCAAAACCGGAUUAUUUUACAACAAGCUCCUGUUCUGGUCAUAUUGUGGAAUAAUGGUGUUAACAACAACCAGCGAGAGUGGUAAUAACACAAAACUUCUAACAUCAAGAAAGAAUGCAAAUGUCAUUUUGCAUCAUAUACGUCAGUAAAUGCAACAGAUGGUUCAAAUUGAAUGAAAUCAGCAACUGAAUCAACCGGAUUAAAGUUUGAAGUCUUCUUCAUCUAUAUAAACUGUCCAGCAGACUUAAAAUCAGCCAUUUUGUUGAAAAAAGUGUACCGUUGUUUUGGGGAUUUCAAAAUUCUGGGAUUAAUUGGCAAGUGGGGUCAUAAUUUACAAGUUGCUAUGAGAGAAACAAUGAAUUUUGUGUACCACAAAUGGAAAAUGUUUAACAACUGAUCAAUUCACUCAACAUGUUGAUGCAAAACCUUAAACUACUAAAACUGUUUCAUCUGAUACCUUCAGAAAAACCUGCUAAAAUGAUGAUGUCAUCUUUUUGAAGAUAUAAACACAAUGUUUUAUGCAAGGAUAAGUAUUCAAACUUUUGACCUAAUUUUAUCAAAACUAAGUAAAAUUGAUUUGUUCUUUUUGGCAGGACUUUUUUAAAUUUUAACUACAUAUACAUAUUGUAUCUGCUUGUAAGUUAUAGUAAUAUUUAAUUUUACCCAUACUGAAUAAUUUAGGCAUUUGAUCAGUGUCUAUUGUUCAGGCAGAUUAAAAUUAUAUUGAAAAAUAGAAGGCAUCCCAAGCUUUUUCCCAAAGUAUGUUUUUUUGCAUUGUCGCAGAACUCUGUUUCUUCUAGAAAACUGGUUUCCAUCAACAUUUCGACUAACUUUGUUUCCCACUGGCUAUGCAUAACUUAUUUUAAUUGUGAGAAAUACUAAUAAAAAUAAAAGUUGUAAGAUGCGACAAAUAUUCUUAAUGGAAAAUUCAAUCAUGCUGCAUUUUAACUUAAAUUAUGCUUUAUGACCAGUAACCUAUAUGUCAUCAACAACAAAAUAGGUGGACAAAACUCUUACAAUAAAUAAAUUAAACUAUUUAAAAAAUGUAUAUACGUAUUCAUUUUUUCUGAUUAGUUAAUUAGCCUAAUUUUGGCCGAACCAGAUUUAUAGGUUUCUGAUAAAAAUGUUCCUUGUCUGCGCAUGCGCGGUGCCUGGUGGGAACCAGAUUUCCAGGGGAACCAGAUAUCUGCGACAGCGGCAGUCGUAUUUUAAAAGAAAUGUUAUGAGCUUUUUGUGGUCGUCCUAAAACUGUAUGGGCCCCGAUUCGUCCCAGUUUGGGAACCCUGCCGUAGGGGAUAAAAAUGUUGGCUUCAUAUAUUUAUCCUUAUUGUAUUUCCCUUGCUUUCCUUUGUUUAUGGGCCUUUUAUGCUAAGAAUAAAUAAUAAGUUUAUUUAGUUUUUGGUGGUAGGCCUAAUGCCUUAGUGCCUUUUUAUAAUUAGUUAAUGCUUUAUGAUUUUACAAUUUUAGUGUAGAACUUUUAAGAUGUGUUUACUGUUGGUGUGUCUGAUUUUUUCAUGGUUGUAUUAAUUUUUUCAAUCCGCAUUUUUUUAGAAAUGUUUUGUGUAAAAGAUUUAGUAGGCCUAUGUCAGGAUGCAGCUUUAAUGUAUGUAUCAGCAAGUUAAAAUGCAUGAAAAAAAUCAGUAAGGCAAUGAGGGCAUUAUGCAUGUGCGCAUUUAUCUCUCUAUUCCCUUUGAUUUGAAAGAUCUUUUCAACCAAACUUUUAACUCCUGUGAUUUAAUAGGAGAUACCAAGUAAGGUUGGGGUGAUGAUCUUUGAAAUAGUAAUCACCAUUUUGGCGGCAGUGCUCUUGCACUGGCUCGUUAACUUUCUGUUCAAUCCAUGGCGUUAUCCGCCAGGUCCGGCGGGGAUUCCCGUGAUCGGAAGUCUCCACUUGGCGGCACCAGACUUCCACAGAAAACUGCCUAAACUUGCUAGAAAGUAUGGACCCAUUUUCACUAUUACAGCUGGGUAUAGACGCGUGGUGUUUCUUGUUGGCUAUGACUUAAUUAAAGAAGUUAUCACUGACAGAGCAAAAGAUUUUGCAUCAAGAUGUCCCAACAUGCCAGGAAGAAUUGUCCGUGGAGAAGGUUUAGAUGGCAUUGCUGCAGCCCCAUAUGGUCCCAAAUGGAUGGCAAAUCGUAAGUUCUUUUACUCUGCCAUGCGCACCAUGGGGUUGGGAAAACGUGGGAUAGAAAAAUGUGUGGUUGAUGAAAUUCCCUACAUUGUUGAAGAACUUGAGAAGCUUUGCGCCAAAAAUGAGUUGUUUGAACCAUCGAGUGUAUUUGACUCCGCUGUACUGAAUGUGCUUGCAUAUUUCACUUUUGGAAACAGAUACUCCUAUCAAGACGAGAAAUUUAAAGAGCUGAUUCACAUCAAUAAUGAUUUCUUUCAAAAAGCAAAGUUUCUGAAUCAGCCACUAUUCUUCCUCCUUAGUUUGGUACCUGGCCUGCAUAAGUACUGGCUUCCUCAAUGUGGAAAAGAUCUAAAAGAAUCAGUUGGGAAAAUCAACAAAUUUGUAAAAGCUGAGAUUGAACAACAUCGACAAAAUCUUGACCGCAAAAAUCCAAGAGAUUAUAUUGACUGUUAUCUCAAAGAGCUCGAUCAGAUGAAUGAUCAAAGCGAACUAUCGGAGCUUGGUUUGGAAAUGUCGAUCAUGGAUUUAUUUCAAGCUGGAACUGAAACUACGUCAACUACUUUACGUUGGGCAAUCUUAUACAUGGUUAACAACCCAAAUAUACAAAAGAAGGUCCAGCAAGAGAUUGAUGAUGUGUUGGGUUUUGACCGACUUCCCCAAUAUGAAGAUCGCAUGAGAAUGCCAUAUUGUGAAGCAACUGUUCUAGAAGUACAAAGAAUGGCAACCAUUGCACCAAUUGGUUUGCAACACUGUUCGGAGGAAGACCAGAUGUUGGGUGGUUAUCGCAUCCCAAAACGCACAAGCAUAAUGGCAUGCUACCAUUCUAUUCAUUUUGAUCCAAAAUUUUGGAAAAAUCCCAACGAAUUUGAUCCAUGCAAUUUUCUUGACAGUAAUAAAAAAGUUUGUAUUCCUGAUGCAUUUAUGCCGUUUGGUGGAGGACUACGCAUUUGUGUUGGAAUGAAUAUUGCGAAACAAGAACUCUUCCUUUUCUUUGUGGCGAUCCUCCAAAAGUUUUCCCUGCAUCUUCCGGAUGGUGUGGAUCAUCUUGAUGAAGAAUCUGGAUCAGGAAUCACGCUUGCUCCAAAGAUCUAUCAAGUAAAGAUAAAACGCAGAGCAUAAUUUAACACAGGGCUUCCAAACUUAUACCCCUUUAAUCUCCCAACCUUUUCUCUUGAGGCUUUUUGGUUAAUAGUAUAUUAUAUGCAAACUUCUUUAAUCCCAUCACCUUUUCUGUGAGGAUGUUUGGUUAAUAACAUAUUAUAUGCAAUCGCAUUUCAUCUCCUAACCUUUUUUGUGGGUUUUUUUGGUUGAUAGCAUAUUACAUGCAGUACAUAGUGUAAAAUUAUUAUACUCUCGGUGACCCCUGAAUGUCUGUUACCCCCUGUUUCAGAAGCCCUGCCCUAACACAUGCUUUGAGCCUUAACAUAAUUCCUGCAACAUUCGAACAAAGUUACUAAUAUGCACAUAAAAUUAAUGCACUAUAUUUUCUUCAUAUUUCAUGUGAUAUCUAUACAAUAUUACACUAAUCGGUAAUUAUAUAUUAUGAAAUUUCUAAUACCUAUACAAUAUUAAGUUAGCUUUUUGUGUCUGAUAAUGUUGACUUAUCUAGUACCCUUUAUAAGUUCCUGCGUGAAACAUAGGCUUUUUUAAAGUUGUAUACGAAAAUAUUAUGGUACAUGAAAGUCUUACAGUUCAUAUAAAUGUUAAAUACCUAUGCACUUAAAUGUCUACAAUGGUACAUGAAGAUACAGCGUUGAAAUUAUUCUAAAUGUGUUUUUUUCAUUAAUGCAAUUGACACUUCAUGCAAAUAAAUUAACAAAAAAUACUUUAGUUUUCUGUAAGAUUGAGGUAGGAGUACGAAGCCCUUUAGGAUGAAUGUAACUUCCGAGUGUUCUGU